AUGGACAUGGGGCAGGAGAAUUGCACAGCUGUAACAGAGUUUAUUCUCGUAGGGUUAUCAGAUGACCCAGAGAUGAGAGUGUUUCUCUUCCUUCUGUUCCUUCUUAUAUAUGGAAUCACUAUUCUGGGAAAUGUGGGCAUGAUUGCUCUGAUACAAGUCAGCUCACAACUCCAGACCCCCAUGUACUUUUUUCUCAGCCACUUGUCCAUUGUGGACUUUUGCUACUCCUCCAUCAUUGUCCCCAGGAUGCUACCGAAUAUCUUAAACCAGGAGAAAGCCAUCUCCUUCCUGGGAUGCAUGAUGCAAUUUUAUUUCUUUUGCAUGUUUGCAGUCACGGAGGUCUUCCUGUUGGCUGUGAUGGCCUAUGACCGCUUUCUGGCCAUCUGUAGCCCACUGCUGUACACAGUUAACAUGUCAGAAAAUGUCCGGAUGCUGCUGGUUUCUGUCUGUUACCUCUUCGGGACUGUGACUUCUCUGAUCCACUUGUGUUUUGCUCUUAAAAUUCCUUCCUACAGUUCAAAUGUGAUUAACCACUUCUUCUGUGAUAUACCCCCUCUUUUAUCCCUGGCUUGCUCUGACGUUAGUAUGAAUGAAUUAUUGCUCUACAUUGUGGCAGCUUUCAAUGAGCUGAGUACCAUUGUGAUCAUAUUCACCUCCUACCUGUUUAUUCUUGUCACCAUUUUGAGGAUGCGCUCUGCUGAGGGAAGACAUAAAGUGUUUUCCACCUGUGCCUCUCACCUCACAGCCAUUGUGGUCUUCCAUGGAACAAUCCUUUUCAUCUACUGCCGGCCCAGCACUGGCAACUCUGCAGAUACCGACAAAGUGGCCACAGUGUUCUACACGGUAGUGAUCCCCAUGCUGAACCCCCUAAUCUACAGUCUGAGGAACAAGGAUGUGAAAGAAAGUCUCAGAAAAGUAGUGAGUUCCAAAAUAAUCUCGUAG